ACUUCUGGCCAGGGAACGUGGAAGGCGUACGGGCUGGGAGCCGGUUAGGGAGGGCGAAUUGGGGGGGACGAGAGAGCAAUUAGAAAGAAAGGGGGUUCAACCAAAUAAUCCCAGAAGCAGGCUCAAGCCCAGGCUGGAGCAAGGGAGAGCGGGCGCAAGAGAGCACAGCCCGGGAGCAGCUCGACCUGGCAGAGUGCGCUCCGCGCUGACUUUUGCGGCUGCUUUCCUUUUCCCUUUCCUCUUUUAAAACCGAGAAGGCGCCGGCGGCGGCCGCACACGCGAGCGCCACGCGAGGCUCCCGAAGCCAACCGCGGCGGGAGGAGGGGAGGGAGGAGGCGGCGCAGAGGGAAGACGAUCGCCCAGGCACCUUCCUCCGCUGCAGCCUGACAACUCUGCCUCCUUCUGCGCGUUUCUUCCCCUUUAACUUUCCCCCGGGGCUCGUUUCUCCCCUCUCCUUUUUCUUCGCCCCUCUUUGAUCCUUGCUUCUCAGCCCGGCUUCCUUCAAGCGCUCUGCGCACCCUGCGUCCCCAACUCCUUCUCCCCCGCGACAGUUUGGCCCGGCAUGGAGAGCUCUGGCAAGAUGGAGAGCGGAGCCGGCCAGCAGCCGCAGCCCCCGCAGCCCUUCCUGCCUCCCGCAGCCUGUUUCUUUGCGACCGCGGCGGCAGCGGCAGCGGCAGCGGCCGCGGCAGCUCAGAGCGCGCAGCAGCAACAGCCGCAGGCGCCGCCGCAGCAGGCGCCGCAGCUGAGCCCGGUGGCCGACAGCCAGCCCUCAGGGGGCGGUCACAAGUCAGCGGCCAAGCAGGUCAAGCGCCAGCGCUCGUCCUCUCCGGAACUGAUGCGCUGCAAACGCCGGCUCAACUUCAGCGGCUUCGGCUACAGCCUGCCACAGCAGCAGCCGGCCGCCGUGGCGCGCCGCAACGAGCGCGAGCGCAACCGGGUCAAGUUGGUCAACCUGGGCUUUGCCACCCUCCGGGAGCAUGUCCCCAACGGCGCGGCCAACAAGAAGAUGAGCAAGGUGGAGACGCUGCGCUCGGCGGUCGAGUACAUUCGCGCUCUGCAGCAGCUGCUGGACGAGCACGACGCGGUGAGCGCUGCCUUUCAGGCGGGCGUCCUGUCGCCCACAAUCUCCCCCAACUACUCCAAUGACUUGAACUCUAUGGCGGGUUCUCCGGUCUCGUCCUACUCCUCCGACGAGGGAUCCUACGACCCUCUUAGCCCAGAGGAACAAGAGCUGCUGGACUUUACCAACUGGUUCUGAGGACCUGCCAGGCCCUACUGGGAAUGGACUUUGGAAGCAGGGUGGCAGCAGAUCCUGCAUCUUUAGUGUUUCUCGCCAAUGAUGUCAAAUGGGGAGGCAGAAAAACAAGGGGAAAAAAAGAAGAAGAAAUGCAACAAACAAACCAGACAGUCAACCUCCAGGGGCACCUUGACUAAGAUGCAAUGUUCUCAGCCAACAGGGGUGGGCUCCAACAGCAUCUCUGAAUUCCCAUCAUUUCCAGACAUGAGAAGAGUGACUGG